AGGGGUAUGCGAAAUGGCUUCAGUGGUAGACAGACUUCAAGCUGCUAAAUUUACUAUCACUGGUAAUGAUGUUUCAAAGACUGUUGGAAAAGCUACGACCCACGAAAUGGGGGCUCCUAAAAGAAAGCAUUUGGAUUAUUUAAUACAUGCCACCCAUGAACCAAAUGUAUCACUUCCCGAAUGUGCUGAUAUGCUUCUGACAAGAAUUCAGGAUCCUAGCUGGGUUGUCAGUCUCAAGGCUAUGAUGUCGCUUCAUCAUCUUAUGAAUGAAGGAAAUGAAAAAUUUAUGAGAUAUAUGGCAUCAAAAGGGAACAGCUUUGAAUUUGUCAGUGAAAAGAUUGGUCCAUUGGCAAAUGAUAUGACACCAUUCGUUAAUAAAUAUGGUCAUUUCUUAAGUGAAAAGUGUCACUCUUACAGACAAGCCACUACUGACUUUAUCAGAGUUGCAAAGACAAACUUUCUCCGUCAGGCAUCAGCCGAUAAGCUUUUAGCGUAUAUUCCUAUUCUCCAGCGACAAAUAGAUGGAAUUGUCAAUUUGGAACUCAGCAGUACAGACAUAUGCACUGAAAUAUGCCGGGCAGCCUUUGUCCUAAUUUUCCGUGAUCUGAUAGCUCUCUUCACUAUUUACAAUGAAGGAAUCAUCAACAUGCUUGAGCUAUUUUUUGAAAUGGAAAAGAAGCAUGCCCGGGAAAGUUUUGAUCUCUACAAAAAAUUCAUUGUUCGUAUGGGAAAGGUAGAACAUUUCCUGAAAGUUGCUGAGGAUGCUGGUAUAGACCAAGGAGAUGAUGUUCCCGACCUUUCUAAAGCUCCUAGUAGUUUAUUAUCUGCUUUAGAAAAUCAUCUAGGGUCUAUCGACACCAAAAAGUCCACUCCUAUCUCAUCGCCCACGGAACUGACUCGCUCUCCCCAAGUUCCUCCUCGUCCUGCCACAACACCUGCCACAAACCCUUUCGGAGAUACCUUUGAGCCCCAAUCUCAAGAUCUUCUGUCAGAGCCAAUUCUUGUCAAUACCUCUGAACCUCAUAAGCCAGUAGCUGACAUUAACGCUCUUCCAGAUCUUUGGAGUAAUCCAAAUUCUGGUCCAUCAAUUCACAACAACAACAAUGUAGUCGUUGAACAGUCAUUUGACAUCUUUAGUGCAGGAGAUAACUCAUCCAACUUAUUCCCAACCAUGUCUGCAGCUGAUCCAAACCCAUUCACAAGCGGUGGUCCCAUUGACCUUUUAUCUGAUUCACCAACAGAAAAACAGAACCCUGGUUUUGCUCAAUUUGAAUCCAGUGAUGUAUCCAACGACUUGCUGCAGCCUUCUAGAAUAGGUGCCACUCCAGAGGAGAAAGUGCAGAAUGUCCGAUCAUUAAUGCAAGAUUUAGACUUAGGUCUGAAGAGUGCAGCUGCCAAUUUCAGUCUGAAUUCAUCAACACCAAACAGAGGUGGACCAGCACUGGGGCCAGUUCGACCAAUCUCAGCAGGUUCCACCUACAACCCCUUCGUUAGACCUGGAUACCCAGGCCCAAUGGUCAACACCAUGCCUAACAUGUCCAUGCAAAGCAACAUGGGGCCUGGCACAAUGCCUGGGAUGAACAUGACAAUGCAGGGACCCAGACCUAUGGGACAGAUGCAGGGUAUGAGACCCAUGAUGCCCAACAACCAGCCUACUUAUGGAAUGGCCCAGGGAACCAUGCCUGCUUUCAGCAUGGGACAAACUCAAAACAGUAACUUAUUGCAGUUCAAUGCUAUGGGUAAUUCAGGAUUUGGGAACAUGCAGAACAAUCAACAAGGACAGAAUACUUUCGAUCCUUUCGGUUGAUUGAUUAGAGAAGAUUUUUAUUUUCGAGCUUGACAAGUUUAUUGUUCAAUGAUGAUCAUGUGUAGUUUAAAUUUAUUAGAUUUUGAUUUAGAAAAGAUUUAGAAUCAAGUAAAGGCCCAGUAUAGUAGAGAUAUUGUGUACAGUAAAAAGUGAAUUUUCUCUGUUUCGCAGAGAUUAAGAUCAAAUUUCCGAUUGUAUGAUCUCCCGUUUUUAUGUCAAAAUGCAUGACGCUGCCUGGUGAUGAAUAUUCCAUAAUAAUAAGUAGAUCUUGAUAUUAUGAUAUUAUGCUGAUUUUGUUACAUUUGUAGCCAUACUUAGCAAUACCUCACUUUCCAUACCACAAUAUACUUAUAAAUAUACUUGAUUUCACAUUAGAAUCUCAGAACAUUAAGUAAAAGCAAAACUUGA